GCGGCCCCGGCGGGCGGAGGGCGCGGCCGGCGGGAGGGGCCGGGGCGGCGCCGGGAGGGGCGCGCACGGCGGCACGGCCGCCCGGCCCAGCAGGUGACCGCGGGCCGGGGCCGAGCGGGAGCAAAUCCCGUGCGGGCGGCGCGACGGGGAGACGGCUCGCGGGGUCGGCGAAGUUUGCCGGAACAUGGCGGAGGAGCCCGGGGCGCGCGGGAGCGCGGCGCGGCGGCGGCCGGGGCCCCAGGAGCUGUAGCGCCGCAGCCGCAGCCACUGCCGCCGCGGGGCGAGGUCGCCGCCAUGGCCCGCUGGAUCCCGACCAAGAGGCAGAAGUACGGGGUUGCGAUCUAUAACUACAACGCCUCUCAAGAUGUGGAGCUCUCCUUGCAGAUUGGAGACACGGUUCACAUCCUGGAGAUGUAUGAGGGUUGGUACAGAGGAUAUACCCUCCAGAAUAAAUCUAAAAAGGGGAUCUUCCCUGAAACGUACAUCCAUUUGAAGGAGGCAACCGUGGAAGACCGAGGGCAGCACGAGACCGUGAUUCCUGGGGAGCUCCCGCUGGUCCAGGAGCUCACGUCGACGCUGCGAGAAUGGGCCGUCAUCUGGCGCAAGCUCUAUGUGAACAACAAGGUCACACUCUUCCGCCAGCUGCAGCAGAUGACAUACAGCCUGAUUGAGUGGCGGUCCCAAAUUCUGUCUGGAACCCUCCCCAAGGAUGAACUGGCAGAGCUCAAGAAAAAGGUCACAGCCAAAAUCGAUCACGGAAACAGAAUGCUUGGGUUAGAUCUGGUGGUGAGAGAUGACAAUGGGAACAUACUGGACCCAGAUGAAACCAGCACCAUUGCCCUCUUCAGGGCCCAUGAAAUGGCCUCAAAAAGGAUUGAGGAAAAGAUCCAAGAAGAAAAGUCAGUUCUUCAGAACCUGGACUUGCGGGCCCAGUCUGUCUUCAGUGCCGUCCACACCUACGGCCUCUACGUGAACUUCAAGAACUUUGUCUGCAACAUUGGGGAAGACGCUGAGUUGUUCAUGGCCCUCUAUGAUCCAGACCAGUCCACCUUCAUCAGUGAGAAUUACCUAAUUCGUUGGGGCAGUAACGGGAUGCCCAAGGAAAUAGAGAAGCUUAAUAACCUCCAAGCGGUUUUUACUGACCUCAGUAGCACAGACCUCAUCCGGCCCCGCAUCAGCCUCGUGUGCCAGAUUGUCCGGGUGGGCCACAUGGAGCUGAAGGAGGGCAAAAAGCACACAUGUGGGCUCCGAAGACCUUUUGGAGUAGCAGUGAUGGAUAUCACUGAUAUCAUACACGGGAAGGUGGAUGAUGAAGAAAAGCAGCAUUUUAUUCCCUUUCAGCAAAUUGCAAUGGAAACGUAUAUCCGGCAGAGACAGCUAAUCAUGUCACCCCUGAUAACAUCCCAUGUGAUUGGGGAGAACGAGCCACUCACUUCAGUCUUGAAUAAGGUGAUAGCAGCAAAGGAAGUGAAUCACAAAGGACAAGGACUUUGGGUAUCUUUGAAGCUUUUGCCAGGUGACCUCACACAGGUUCAGAAGAAUUUUUCGCACUUGGUGGAUAGAUCAACUGCCAUUGCCCGAAAAAUGGGAUUUCCUGAAAUAAUACUUCCAGGCGACGUGCGGAAUGAUAUAUACGUCACCCUAAUCCACGGGGAGUUUGACAAAGGGAAAAAGAAGACGCCGAAGAACGUGGAGGUGACCAUGUCUGUGUACGAUGAGGAGGGCAAGCUCUUGGAGAAAGCAAUUCAUCCUGGUGCUGGAUAUGAAGGCAUUUCAGAGUACAAAUCAGUAGUCUAUUACCAAGUCAAGCAGCCCUGUUGGUAUGAGACUGUCAAGGUUUCCAUUGCUAUAGAGGAGGUUACUCGCUGCCAUAUACGAUUUACCUUCCGGCACAGGUCAUCUCAGGAAUCCAGAGAUAAAUCGGAGCGGGCCUUUGGCGUGGCCUUCGUGAAACUGAUGAACCCGGAUGGUACCACUCUGCAGGAUGGGAGGCAUGAUCUGGUGGUUUAUAAGGGUGACAACAAGAAAAUGGAAGAUGCUAAAUUCUAUCUGACCCUACCGGGAACCAAGGUCGAGAUGGAAGAAAAAGAGCUGCAAGCAUCCAAAACCCUGGCCAACUUUACCCCGAGCAAGGACAGCACAAAAGACAGCUUUCAGAUCGCCACCCUCAUUUGCUCCACAAAACUCACCCAGAAUGUUGACCUGUUGGGCUUGUUAAAUUGGCGUUCCAACUCCCAGAAUAUUAAACACAACUUAAAGAAGUUAAUGGAGGUGGAUGGAGGCGAGAUUGUUAAGUUUUUGCAAGAUACACUAGAUGCACUUUUUAACAUAAUGAUGGAGAUGUCAGAUAAUGAAACCUAUGACUUCCUCGUGUUUGAUGCACUGGUGUUCAUUAUCUCACUGAUAGGAGACAUCAAGUUCCAGCAUUUUAAUCCUGUCCUUGAAACCUACAUCUACAAGCACUUCAGUGCCACUCUGGCUUACGUGAAACUCUCCAAGGUACUGAACUUUUAUGUGGCGAAUGCAGAUGACUCCAGCAAGACAGAAUUGCUUUUUGCUGCUUUGAAAGCCCUAAAGUACUUGUUUCGAUUCAUCAUCCAAUCCAGAGUACUCUACUUGAGAUUUUACGGCCAAAGUGAAGACGGAGAUGAAUUUAAUAAUUCAAUCCGCCAGCUAUUUCUCGCUUUCAAUAUGCUCAUGGACAGGCCUUUGGAGGAAGCCGUCAAGAUAAAGGGGGCAGCCCUGAAGUACCUUCCCAGCAUCAUUAACGACGUCAAACUUGUGUUUGAUCCCGUAGAGCUCAGCGUGCUCUUCUGCAAGUUCAUCCAGAGCAUCCCUGACAACCAGUUAGUUCGCCAAAAACUGAACUGCAUGACCAAGAUAGUGGAGAGCAGUCUUUUCCAGCAGUCAGAGUGCAGAGAUGUGCUGCUGCCGCUGCUGAUAGACCAGCUCAGCGGCCAGUUAGAUGACAACUCCAGCAAGCCCGACCAUGAGGCCAGCUCGCAGCUUCUGAGCAACAUCCUGGAAGUGCUGGACAGGAAGGAUGUGGGCCCCACUGCGAUGCACAUCCAGCUGAUAAUGGAGCGGCUGCUGAGAAGGAUCAACCGGACCGUGAUUGGGAUGAGCCGACAGUCUCCCCAUAUUGGGAGCUUUGUUGCGUGUAUGAUUGCCAUCCUGCGGCAGAUGGACGACAACCACUACAGCCAUUACAUCAGCACUUUCAAAACCAGACACGACAUCAUUGACUUCCUCAUGGAGACUUUCAUCAUGUUUAAGGAUCUGAUUGGAAAGAAUGUCUACGCCAAAGACUGGAUGGUCAUGAAUAUGACACAGAGCAGAGUUUUCCUCCGUGCGAUAAAUCAGUUUACCGAGGUUCUCACGAAGCUCUUCAUGGAUCAGGCAAGCUUCGAACUUCAGCUCUGGAACAAUUACUUCCACUUGGCAGUAGCGUUUCUCACCCACGAAUCCCUUCAGCUUGAAACCUUCUCUCAAGCCAAGCGCAACAAAAUUGUCAAAAAGUACGGGGACAUGAGAAAGGAGAUCGGCUUCAGAAUCCGGGACAUGUGGUAUAACCUGGGUCCCCACAAAAUCAAAUUUAUCCCUUCCAUGGUGGGUCCCAUUCUUGAGGUCACCCUGACCCCUGAGGUCGAGCUCCGGAAAGCCACCAUCCCCAUUUUCUUUGACAUGAUGCAGUGUGAGUUCAACUUCAGCGGGAACGGCAAUUUCCAUAUGUUUGAGAACGAGUUGAUCACAAAGCUGGACCAAGAGGUGGAAGGGGGCAGAGGAGAUGAACAAUACAAGGUCCUUCUGGAGAAACUGCUCCUAGAACAUUGCCGGAAACAUAAGUACCUCGCCACCUCUGGAGAAGUGUUCGCAUUCCUGGUCAGCAGCCUGUUAGAGCACCUGCUGGACUACAGAACCAUUAUCAUGCAUGACGAGAGCAAGGAGAACCGCAUGAGCUGUACUGUGAACGUGCUGAAUUUUUAUAAAGAGAAGAAGAGAGAGGACAUAUACAUAAGGUACUUGUACAAGCUGCGGGAUUUGCACCGAGACUCUGAAAACUACACAGAAGCCGCCUACACCCUCCUCCUCCAUGCCGAGCUUCUGCAGUGGUCGGAUAAGCCCUGUGUACCCCAUUUGCUUCAGAGGGACAGUUACUAUGUCUAUACCCAGCAAGAGCUUAAAGAGAAGCUGUAUCAAGAAAUCAUAUCAUACUUUGACAAAGGCAAAAUGUGGGAGAAGGCCAUCAAACUGAGCAAAGAGCUGGCCGAGACCUAUGAGAGCAAAGUAUUUGACUACGAGGGCCUCGGCAACCUGCUGAAAAAAAGAGCCUCGUUUUAUGAGAACAUCAUUAAAGCAAUGAGGCCUCAGCCUGAAUACUUUGCUGUUGGAUACUACGGACAGGGCUUUCCUUCUUUCCUCCGGAACAAAAUCUUCAUCUACCGGGGGAAGGAGUAUGAGAGGCGAGAAGACUUCAGCCUGAGGUUGCUGACCCAGUUCCCCAAUGCCGAGAAGAUGACCAGCACCACGCCCCCGGGAGAAGACAUCAAGUCAUCCCCAAAGCAGUACAUGCAGUGUUUCACUGUGAAGCCGGUGAUGAGCCUGCCACCCAGCUACAAGGACAAACCAGUUCCGGAGCAGAUCUUAAACUACUACAGAGCCAAUGAAGUGCAGCAGUUCAGAUAUUCCAGGCCAUUCCGGAAAGGAGAGAAGGAUCCAGACAAUGAAUUUGCUACCAUGUGGAUCGAAAGGACCACGUAUACAACUGCGUACACAUUUCCUGGGAUUCUCAAGUGGUUUGAAGUCAAACAAAUUUCAACGGAGGAAAUCAGUCCCCUGGAGAAUGCCAUAGAAACCAUGGAACUCACCAAUGAGAAGAUCAGCAACUGUGUUCAGCAGCAUGCCUGGGACCGAGCCCUCUCUGUGCAUCCCCUCUCCAUGCUGCUCAGUGGCAUCGUAGACCCAGCUGUCAUGGGGGGCUACUCCAACUAUGAAAAGGCUUUUUUUACAGAAAAGUACUUGCAGGAGCAUCCCGAAGACCAGGAGAAGAUUGAGCUGCUGAAGCGACUGAUAGCGCUGCAGAUGCCUCUGCUGACGGAGGGGAUCCGCAUCCACGGGGAGAAGCUCACAGAGCAGCUAAAGCCACUGCAUGACCGCUUGUCUUCUUGUUUUCGGGAACUCAAGGAGAAAGUGGAGAAGCUCUACGGUGUAAUAACUCUGCCGCCCACCUUGACUGAGAGGAAGCAGAGCCGCACGGGGUCUAUCGUACUACCCUACAUCAUGUCAUCCACGCUGCGGAGAUUGUCCAUCACCUCAGUGACUUCCUCGGUCAUUUCCACCUCUUCUAACUCAUCUGAUAAUGCUCCUUCCAGACCAGGAUCUGAUGGGUCAAUCCUGGAGCCACUUCUGGAGCGCAGGGCUUCGUCAGGUGCCAGAGUUGAAGAUCUGCCCCUCAAAGAGGACAGUGAGAACCGGAUCAGCAAGUUCAAGCGAAAAGACUGGAGCCUCAGCAAGUCCCAGGUCAUUGCAGAGAAAGCGCCAGAACCUGAUCUGAUGAGCCCAGCCCGAAAAGCACAAAGACCAAAGAGUCUCCAGUUGUCGGACAAUCGGCUGACGCCAUUUCAUGGUUCUUCACCUCUUCAGUCAACACCCCUGAGCCCACCUCCACUCACUCCUAAAGCUACCAGGACCCUAAGCUCCCCAUCUUUGCAGACAGAUGGGCUGAUGACUACUACUGUCCCGCCUCCCCCUCCCCCCAAAAGCAAGCCCUACGAGAGCGGCCAGAGGAACUCCGCAGAGAUUGCCCCUCCGCUGCCGGUCCGCAGAGAAGCCAAAUGUCCACCUCCACCUCCUCCCAAAGCCCGCAAAUCUGGCUUCCUUGCUUCUGAGCCGGAUCCCACUAAGGGUCUUGCCAGGUCUCCAGAACUCUGAACACCUUGAACAGCUGACGCCUAAGAUGAGGCCCUGUCCUCGUUCCCCGGGGCUCCUUGCUGACCCCCUUCCUGAUCUGGGGUCAGCUGUGCUGCCUCCAAACUGGUGGUUCUUUGAAAGGCUACUGUGAAGGAAGCCUAAGCACCGCCCCCACUCCAGUCCGCAUGAAUUCCAGAAUUGGUCAUGUCCUCUGUCUUUCUCAAAGGAGAGAUCUCUCUCACCAUUAUUAAAUUCAGCCUCCAGCCCAGAGCUGCUGUGGCCUACAGAUGCCUGGCUACAUUCUUCUGUGGAGGUCGUUGAGCAACCCCAGGAACCUGCACCUUGGAAGGAUUUGUGAAAAGCUCUGCUUGAGACUUGAUUUUCUCACGUGGACACACCGUGUCCCGAAUAACAUUGGAAAAGAGGCGCCUCAAGUACUUCAGUAGUUGAAAUAAUCCUACCUUUCUGAUGUCUGCUUAUGUCUUCUUUAAGGAAAAGAACAUCUUUGUAAUGAAGAUUGGUAACUUUCACGUAUGAAUAGCUAUCAUUGGUGAAAAACCAUGGACUCGACUGUGGGGUCUGAGCUCCUGCCACGCCUCCCUCCACCCCCACCCCAGACCGGCUACGUGUGGCACAGGAACCCUCCCGGGAGUCCCUCACACUCUCAACUAACCAGCCCUCACCACACCGCGUCACUCCUUCUUGCUACAGACUCCCUUGAAGCUCUUUCUUUUACCUCUUCUGAGCUCACAUCACUGGACAGAAGGGACUUCGAAGCCCGGGUUCAACAGCUUCUCUUCCAGAUCCCAUUUGGUUGGCUCAGUGACCCCUCUCUGCCACCCCAUAUUACCCUGGAGAAUAUAGUGCAAUAUCUCCCUUUGAUUAUUUAUUCCUCGUGAUUGUGGAAUUAAUUUGAUUACAUGUUCAUGGUACUAAGUCCGUAGUCCUUUCGGAAGAAGAAAUGGGCUGAUUCAGAUGAUCAGAUAUUACAUACACCUACACGAACCACACAAGGUUAGAGACGUUUUGAGCUAGAAGGGCCCUCACUAAAGGUCAUACAAACAACCCCCUCAUUCUGUAGACAAGGAAACUGAAGCUAAACACAGAAAAUCUGCCUACAGAUUCUUACUAACAACCCAGCUUGCUAAUUGAGGCUCUAUCCCCACGUAACACUUAGAUCGAGAAGACAACCCUGACGAACUCCGUGGUGAAUUCCUACCCCUAGUUGGGAUGACGGUGGAAAUGUCCCAGAUGUUUCUAUACUACUUUGACAUAUAUGGCAAAGUAGAAAGCUUUUUGUGGGUCCCCUAGGUCAGCAUGUGGGGAAGCUCACAGGGGUCCCUUCCUCAACUGGGCCCAGUCCUCUUCCCCACCCACCCUGCCCUGAGGUAGAGAAAAGAAAGAGAUUUCACCUCCAAGAAUCCGGAUUUGCUGGCCUGCUUCUCGGUAUACCUGUUUCAACACCACCCCUCUCAGAAAAGACAUACUCAUGCUUCACAGAGUCAGGGACAUACAAACCUCAGAGGCAUGGCCAGCAUCCCGCAAGCAGUUAGAGUGUGGAUUUAGAAGUGGUGAGGGAAAGGCAGUUCUCCACUUCCACUCAGGGCAACCUUCAAGGGGGUAAACUGGAGAGAAGCUGGGUUUUGAAGUAAACCAUUUGGUCUCCAGCCAUCCCAGCUGUGUCACCUGUUAACUGUAAACUCCCUCAACUCCUUGCCAUCGUCUGAGCCUUCAUUUCUUCCCUUUCCGAAAUGGGGACGAGGACCUGCCGCACAGAUAAGGUUCAAUGAGAUUGACUGUGUGAAAUAGUAGGUACGAAGUGGUCUUUCCUUUCCUCUGCUCAGCCUGAGUAAGAUCUGGAAUUCUCUUAAGAGCAUUAUUGAUAUUCUCCCCCCACCCUGAGGUCAUUUGGAAAGUGAGUGCAAGUUAAUGGAGCACAUACAGUCCGUUUUGAAAAGAUGACAUCUUUUGGAGUCUCUUACAUAAUUAUUUAUGACUAAAGGAGAAAUGUUAAUAAGAACCAAAAAGGAUUUUCGUGGAGAGAACGCAAUGAUGAGAAGGAAUGGAAAGGUUAUACGGGCUUUCUGUGGAGCCCAGAGCAGCUGCUGAGAAGUUGCCUUACCCACUGGCUAGUGAGGAUCUGUAGGCCUCCCUGACCCUAUUUUUCAGUCUGGCCUUGAAAAUAGAAAGAUAUAAGCUGGUCACAAAAAUACCAAACUUCAGGCAUGUCCCUUCAGAGCAGUGCAAGUGAGUUCUGCAGUGUGGGCUUUGAUCAGGGGCUGGGGAAGUCUGAUGUGCCAGUGCCCGAAUACCUUCCCUUUUUUAACAGAACAUAGUUUUCCAUCUGAUUUCCCUUCCACCUUAAUGGAAAUAUUGGGUCUCUCCUGCCCGAAUAGAAAGGAUUCUAGGUAACGGUGUGGAUUCCAGAUUAUAGGGAACAUGGGGGAAGCCACUGGGUCAGAGGCAUGUUUGACAAAAGAUGAUAAAUCAUGUCCUGAAGUCAAAGAGGAAGACUGCAAAGAAAUGCCUUAUGAUUACCUUACAUAUGGGAGAGAUAAGGGGCCGGGAAUAAAUGAGGAAAGAACUGGUCUUUAUUUUCCUUGUUAAGAACUCUGGAGUAUAUUGAAAGGCAUUGAAAGUAGUCCUCAAACUGUCACAACUGUGUGGUUAUUAGUUUAUGGGAUUUUUUUUUUUUUUUAGUCCCUUAUUUUCUCUCUCUCUGUUCUGGUGACUUGUCUUCCUUUGAGAUUUUUUUUUCCCCCUAAGAGUCACUUUAUUCAACAUUUAUUAAGCUUUUAUUGAAAUCCAGACACCAUACAAGACUCACAGGAUAUGGCAAUUCAGUGUGUUCAGUGGGAACAGCCUGGUAUGCGGAGACUGUGUUGUGCUGUGUGGUUAGCAAGAGAGUGGGAUUAGGGGAAAGCAAAACCCUCAGUAAGGCUGCUGGGCCAUAGGCCUCCCCUUUUCCACCUCCCAUCUGGAUUCCAGAAUUGCAGUCAGGGAGACCCAUGAAAAAUGCGGUCACCCUGCAGAUCCCUGAGGCUAAAGAGAAAUAAAGAGGAAUUUGAGAUAACAAUCACCUUUGUUAAUUUUUUCCAUGCUGUGGGAGGCCUUCCCCUCUACUGGCCCCCAGAUCAGGGGGUGAUUUCUCUGUUUAAAAUUGAGGCAUGUCUUAACAUACAUAUGGUCAGGUGCACAAAUCCUGGGGGUACAGAUGGAUGAAACUUCACCGAGUCAUACACCGUGUCACACCCUCAGAUCCAGACCUAGACUGUCUCCAGAGCCCCGGAAGGUUCCCUCAUGUCCAUGCUGUCCUUCUGCAACAGGCAUUCAGAAGGCUAUUCAUAGCUGUAAUUUCCCUCUUCUUGCUGCUGGGGUAUAAUGAAAAAAGGGGGAAAGCCCACCAUCAACACAGAACAGGACAGUCAAGACCGUGGACCUUUUGGCAAGUCAAUUUAUAGUCCAUCCCUGGGCCUCAUUUUUCUCAUGUAAAACAUCUAUAUCCAAGGCUAUGUGAUUUUUAGAAUCCUUGUGGCCCUUGCUUUCUUUGAUUCUAAGUGAACGAGAAAGGGAAUCUGAAGGCAAUGAAGUUUCCGUACAGUGGAUUUUAGGCCUACAUGCCGUUGACCGAGUGGGAUUUUAAAGUUAGUUGGCAAAGGUAAGUUCCUCUUUGGGCGGGUGGAGCUUGGAGCCUCCAGUUCUAAACUACAAAAGGAAAAAGGUAGUUUUCCUUUUAAGUUGAUGAUUUCAGGCUGAUUCUUCUAAUCCAGCCAAUGCUGGUCUCCCACAUACGCUGCCUAAAAACUCGUCUUUUUGUCAGAUUUUGUAAAUUGUUCAUCCAGACUUUGUCAAGGCUCUGUUGCCAGGAUUUUGUAAACUAGUUGGGUUUCAAACAUGGACCAUUAGGAAGAUGUGCAUCGAGGUAGAAAAAUUUUGUUCAGAUUUGCUGUUAUUUAUUUUUUAAAUUAAAAAUGAAAAUGUAUUUUGAA